CAUACUCACUUAUUGAGUAGAUUCAUCCCAUCCAACUUAACUACAAAAAUACGUAUGAGUAUUGAAAUACGUAUGAGUAUUGAAAUACAUGUCUCGCAUGGACUUCAUUUUAAUCUCUCUCUUUGUAAUACAAAUUAAAACGAACCAAAAGCUAAAACCUUACUCACCCACAUGAAGAAUAGACAAUUGGCAUCUUCACAAUCAUCAACAACAAUAACAUGAUGCCCCCAUGGAACAAAACUUAUCCAAAUUAACAUCACUACCCAUUAACCUUACCAAAUUACCCUCAUUAGCCUAGCUAAACCGUGCUAAUCAUGAACCCACUCUCGCUAGUUCUUCCUUUAACCCCUCCAACUAACUUUUUUUCUUAAAACACUCUCAUUUCUUAAUCCAUGAUUAGAAAAAUGGAUGGUGGGGAGGAGCUCACACGCGCGCGCGCAUGUAAGAAGCAAAAGCUAACAAAGCCGAGCUAUAUAAUCAUGAUUACAAACAAAAAAAAAGGCCCCCAAAAAAGGUAGGGAUCAGAGGGCAAUAUGAAAAGAAAGGAUUAUAAUUGCAGCAGAAGUGGACUAUGGACUUUUUAUCCAACCCAUGGAAAUAUGGAGCUCGAAGAGAGGAGGAAGGAUGACAAAAUGCUCAAAAACCCACCGAAAGGUAAGCCCAAAAGAAUACAAAAAUCGAUUUAUCAGUAAUAGGGAAAGUCUCUCCACUUUUGGGGUCCAAUUACAAAAACAGGCCACGAUAUUAGGGAUUACUGAUAAAUUGAUCGCUAAAUUUCGACACUUCACGAAUUUGUCGAUCAAGUUUGUAUGACUAAUAUAGGCGUUAUUUUGUAUUUCGUUAGGUUAUGUUUGAAUUUUUAGUUUUAAGUUGUACAACACACAUUAAGUGAGAUCAAAGUCACACAUUUUAAUGAAAAGGAUAACAUAAGCUUGCCAAUUAGCUACUUUGGAGUCGGGGGUGGGGGAAGAAGAGCUUAUCGUGAUUUUAGUCUGGGUGUGAACUUAAAUGGGUAGUCCAUGUUGGCUGACAAGGGUUGACAUUAUCGUUUCGUAUUGACUUGGGUAGUAACUGACACAAUCGUCAUUUUCUUCGAUUUUUAUAAAAAAAUUUCAGUUUCAUAUAUAUCACACAACACACCGCGUAAGAUUACAAUCACACAAAUUAGAAAAUAACGAGGGUAACGUAAAGUCUCUAAUUACCUGCGUGAGCUGGAUUGGGGGAGCAUAUCUUACGGGUGAUCUCAGAGAAUGCAAGGUCGAUAAUAAAAUAAUGCAUAUGAUCGAUCAGUCCAGGCUGUCUACACUGCAAAAUUGAGCAGUCCAUGUUGACUAACUGCGAUCUAGAGGUUGUCAUUCUGGUAUCAAACUCGGGCAAGACAACACGUCGAUAUAUGCGAACAAAUCUGAUCCAAACCUCAUGAGCUAAAUAAACCAACUAUUAUGUUUCGUUAAAUCAGACUUCAAUGACGACUUUGCUAAACACUAAACUUUAGUGAUGAGUUUGUUAAUGACCUUUCUUUCUUCUAUAAGUGACCCCCACCACUAUUCUCCUCUUCCACUACGACCUCUCGUUAUCAUAUACUCUUUCACACACCCACUAAACUUUGCUUACAAAACCAUCAUUUUAGAAGAAGAGCACCCAAAAAACUUAAAUAAACCCCAUUUUUUCUUUUUUUUCAUACUCUACCUAAGUUUUCACUCUUCGUCCACCUCGAUCAUCAUCAUCAUCUCGUCAAAAUGGACGACGCCAGCAAUUAUUGGGUCGGCAGCUCGCCGUCGGAGUCCCAGAACUACUUGUUCCGCCUUCUUGCGGAGACCAACGGCGUCGGAGGAGAAGGGUUUCAGCAACAACAAGAGUUUGGGUUUGGUCAGCAGAACUUCAUGUGCAGCAGCAAUAAUUCGUCCUCUUGUAAUAACUACUUCUCGUACGAUGAUUACCACCACCAAAUAUCUGCCGCCGCCGGCGGGGGCUCGUCGGUGAUCACGGCGGGGGAGGAUUCGACGACGACGGCGACGCCGCAGGAUCGAGCGUACGCAGCUCUGCAGAAUCACAAGGAGGCGGAGAAGCGGCGGAGGGAGAGGAUCAAUUCCCACCUCCACAAGCUCCGUGCUCUCCUCCCUUGCAAUUCCAAGACAGACAAAGCGUCGCUGCUGGCGAAGGUAGUGGAGAGGCUGAAAGAGCUGAAGCAGCAGACAUCCGAGAUCGCCGGCCUGGAAACUUUCCCGUCGGAGUCCGACGAAAUCACCGUCCUUUCCGCCGCCGGCCACCACGACGGCUACGGCCGCGGCGGCGGCGGCGGGCAGAUGGUGUUCCAGGCGUCGGUUUGCUGCGAGGACAGGACGGACCUGCUGCCGGAGCUGAUCGAGAUAUUCAAGUCGCUCCACCUGAAGACGGUCCGCGCCGAGAUGGUGACGCUCGGCGGGAGGACGCGCAACGUGCUGAUGGUUGCGCCGGCGGACGGCGAGGGCGGCGGUGGAGGCGGAUGCAGCGUGGAGUCCAUUCAUUUCCUGAAGAAUGCGCUCAAGUCGUUGCUGGACCGGUCCAGUAACGGUGGGCCUGGCGACCGGUCCAAGAGGAGGCGAGUCGCGAGGAGCGAAUUUUAGUCCUGCUGAAGUCAUGGGCUUUAUCCAAAGUUCUUCUGCCUAUAUGUCGGCCCAUGAAAGUUCGUGUUCAUGGUUGUUACAGAAGCUUUCCUUUUACUUCUCAUGAGUUUGUUUUGAGUGGCUAAUUAGUGGUUAAUCAGCAAGUUGGGAGUAAUGAUAAUUAUAUAUAUAUGCAUGUGGCUGAGGAACAAUUUUAGUGAAGAUAUAUAUAUGUUUAACAAAUUAUAUGAGUACCCGCAUGAGGUAUUUUGUUAUUUUUCAAUCCAUGCUUUAGAAAUUCGUCGACGGGUUGCUCGAUUACAUAGUUAGUAAGUAGCCAGUAUCAUUCUCACAACACGACUAGUACUCAGUUCUCGCACCAUACCAUCUGAUCGAAAGUUUCCACAAAUGGCAUGUAUCUAAUGUCUUCGUUCUCGAGUCAAUCGUUCAAGUACUCGAUCUCGUACCAUAAAGUUUCAUACGAAUU